UGAAAAUGGUGGAUUGGGGAGAGAAAUGUGGGUGUAAGGGCAUAAGAACUUGUUUAUCAUGUGAAAAUGGAUGUGAAAAUGGAUGUGAUGUUUCGCAAAGUACUGUCACAUCAAAGUCACCACAUGAGAAGCCAUACAUUUACUGCUGGAUGUGUAAUGAAGCGUAUCAACAGACAGAGAGUUUCAAUGACAAGUCAUUAGUAACGUCGACUUGUGAGCACUCCGGGAAUGGUCUUGAAUUUCCAGGAGUCAUUCUCAUACCUGAGUUUGUGUCUGAAGAAGAAGAGGCAGAAAUUGUCCAGAUUAUUGAUGAGUCACCAUGGAAACCAUCUCAGUCUGGGCGAUGGAAACAGGACUACGGACCAAAAGUAAAUUUCAAACGAAGAAAACUUAAAACUGGAAGUUUUACAGGGCUGCCUCCAUUCAUCCAACCCUUUGUGAAUCGCAUAAACUCACACCCUGGUCUGGACGACUUUGUCCCUGUGGAACUGUGCAAUCUUGAAUAUCGCCCGGACAGAGGGUCCUCCAUUGAUCCCCACAGGGACGACAGCUGGUUAUGGGGAGAGAGAUUAAUAACGAUCAACUUGUUGUCGGGAACCUUUCUGGACAUGACCCCAGUUACGACCUCAGAUCUGACCCCAGUUACAACCUCAGAUACGACCUCUGCCGGGCAUGACCCCCAAACCGCCCCGACUGUAAGGAUACCACUCCCAGCGCGGAGUCUGGUUGUUGUGUCUGGUGCCGCAAGACACGACUGGAAUCACGGAAUAUGUCGAGGGGCAAUAAUCGCCAGACGACUUGCCAUUACGCUCAGGGAACUGACCGAGACGUUUUUAGAUGGUGGGUCUGAGGAGACGGUGGGGAGGGAAGUCCUUUCAAUUGCAGGGACUUAUAAUGGGUCUGUUGUAGUCUGAUAUUAUAUCUAU